UUCAUUUACUUAUAAACGCAAAACAUCAACAAACGUGUUUUAAAAAUCUUUUUGUGUUUAUUUUUUUUUAUUUCAUAAUGAUCGGAAUCAUUAUUUUGAUAGCCGGAAUCACUUAUUUCAUGGUGUUAUUUUAUAAGAACGCGUACAAGAGAAUGGAAAAUUUUCCUCCGGGACCUCCUAGCUUGCCAGUCUACGGUGCAUACUGGAUUGUGCUGCUGACAGAAAUCAACAACUUGGCUGGCGCUUUCAGAAAACUCAGCAAGAUAUAUAACACCAAAAUAGUCGGGUUGAACCUCGGCGUGUAUCCUACUAUUGUCGUCAACGAUUCUGCAUUAAUUAAGAAAAUGCUUUAUACUGAGGAAUUUGACGGAAGAGUUGAUAUUAUACUUAGCCGUCUACGUUCUUACUGGAAGAAGUUAGGUAUAUUCUUCACGGAUGGUUAUUUCUGGCAUACACAAAGGCGAUUUUCGCUAAGAUACCUUCGAGAUUUCGGCUUCGGCAGACGGGACGAGGGUUUGGAGACCGUUGUGGAGGGUGAGAUCAAGGAGAUGAUUGACAUGACUAUUAACGGCCCCAAGUAUCCUGCCGAAAAGGAGCUCGUGAAUGGAAAUCUGAUUUAUUUGCCUCACUACUUCGCCGUCCCUUUCAUCAACGGCAUGCUUCAUGUCUACACUAAGAUGACCUUACCAAGAUCGGAAUACAAUACGUUAUGGGAACUGGCAAAGCAUACUCUAAUAUUUCAGAGAAGUUCCAAUGAUUUUGGAGCUGCUCUAUCUUUGACACCGAAAAUAAAAGAUAUAUUUCCUAAUUGGAGUGGUUAUAACAGCUUGAGGAAAGGCAACCAGUGCUUACUAGAUUUCUUUGAGAAAUUAGUAAAAAGGGUGAUUAAAACACAUGACAGCACUCACGACCGCCAUUUUCUCGAUAUGUAUGUUAAGAGAAUGAAGGAAGAACUCGAGAAAGAGGGACGUUCAACUUUUUCGGAAGAUCAGCUAGUCCUGAUUUGCACGGACUACAUGUUCCCGGCCGCUUCUGCCACGGAGGCGGUAAUAACCAUGUUAAUUGAAAGAUUAUUGCUCCAACCCGAAAUUCAAGAGAAAAUACACGAAGAAAUCGAUAGAGUUGUCGGAAGAGGGAGGUUGCCAAAUCUGGAUGAUAGGAAGAAUAUGCCGUAUACUGAGGCGUGUCUCCGUGAAAUGAUGAGGGUCGAGCCACUGGUGCCGAUGGGAGUGCCACAUCGCUGCACUUCUGAUGUCAAGUUUAAUGGAUACGAUAUACCCGAAAAUACGAUUGUGAGUGCGAAUUACUCGAUUCUCCACAUGGACAAAGAGAUCUGGGGUGACCCUGAAAAUUUCCGUCCUGAGCGAUUCCUCACUAACGGCCACUUGGAUGUGUCGAAGGACAAGUCACUGCCAUUUGGAGCUGGCAGACGCUUGUGCGCGGGGGAAACUUAUGCGCGGCAAACUAUGUUUCAAGUUUUCGCUGGAUUUAUGCAAGCUUUUCAUGUUUCAACUGUCGAUGGAAAACCACUCAAGAAACCGGCAAAACGGAUACAGGGUAUUAUCACAACGAUACCCGAGUUUUGGAUCAGCGUUACACCAAGAAUUUAUAAGGAUAAUUGACAUAUUAUUUUCUAUUUACUAUACGUAUUCCUAUAUAAAUAAUUAUUUAUCUUAAGUAUCUGUAACAAAAUCUCAAUUUAACUGAAGGUUUUUUCCUUAAUUAGAAUGAUAACACCAAGGCCCUUAUGUUGUAUCAUUGUAUCGUCUGAUAAUAUUAUUUAUUUUAUGUUUAGUAAAAAUUUAUACAAAUUUAAU